CGCACCAGCCCCACCACCCAGCACUGCAUGGAAAUCUACACCCACUGGGCCCCAACCUACAACGCCGAAGUUCAAAGCAAGGUGCACGAUUACAUCGCCCCAUCCCUCAUCGCAACCGCCGCUCUCAACGCCUCCCCUACCCCCAUUAACACCAUCCUCGACGCAGGCUGCGGCACCGGCCUUGUCGGCCAAGCGCUCUACACAGCCGGUGCAACAACCAUCGGUGGUCUGGAUUUAUCCCCCGCUAUGCUUGAUAUUGCCAAGGGGACUGGUGUAUACAGGGACCUUAUGCAGGGGGAUCUGACACGGGAUCUUAACAUCCCUGAUAAAGUAUAUGAUGUGGUUGUAUGUGUGGGGACGUUCACGCUAGGCCAGGUUGGGCCGAGGCCGGCCUUGGGGGAGUUUGUGCGGGUUGUUAAGAUAGGUGGGAUUGUUGCUGCGACUGUGUUGGAGGAGGUUUUGGUGGAUUGGGGGUUUGAGGAGGAGGUGGGGAGGUUGGAGGGGGAGGGGAGGGUGAGGGUACUCAGGAGGGAGGGGGUGGAUUAUGUGAGGGGGAGGGGGAAUAGGGCUGUUUUGGUUGUUUUGAGGAGGGUU